AAGCCUGUUGAUGGUUGCUACGUCCCUAAUUUGUAUUUGUUUGUAUUCAAAUGGUUUUAUGUUUCAUGUUCUAAAUUGGCUUCUUGGAAAGAUUACCAAAGUAUUAAUCAUUCCGAAUAAUACCCAAUCAGGUGUCUGGCUGCCACUCUCCGAAGUUCCUGCGCAUACAACAUGAAUGUUUGUCGCCUGUGCUUGGCAAAGGACGCCAACUUUCCUGUUUUCGGCACAAAUGGAACGACUGCUCUGCGGGUAAUGGUCUGUACAUCGCUGGAGAUCGAGCCCGGAGACGGGCUGCCACAGCACAUAUGCACCGUGUGUCGCCUCCGACUGGAGGAAAUGCACUGCUUCCGACGACGCUGCCUCGCAGCCGAUCGGCGGUUGAGGCGCCACAAGGCGUUGCAACGCCAGGGCGUCAAAAGCAAGCUAACCGAAUUGGAGGAGGAACGGAGCUCUCUGCGCGAUGUGGAAGGAUGCACGCCCACUGCCUGCUCCGAGAACAAUGCCCAGUGGCGCGUGCAGGCUGCCCAGCUCAUUCGCAGCGAGAUCGACGCCUAUAAGAAGGAGCUGCUCAGCACUUGCAAGCAAGCGGUGCGGGCGGAUAUCGAGCUGGAGCUGCGGGCGGAACUCGAGGAGGUCGUCAUAGCCGAGGCGAAGCAGCAGUUGCGUCUCAGUGUCCUGGACGACGUGUUCGACGAACUGGAACGCUACUUUGUGCGCAAGCGCAACGAGGCGUCCUACGAGAUAAAGUUGAGCUCAAGCAGUCAGCUGCCUGCUGACCAGACUGGUGGUUUCUACGAAGCAGAGUUAGGCGAAGAGCUAAUGGAGCAGAACGAUGAUAGCGUGGUGGAAUUACUGGACGAUGAACCAGAGGCCAGCAGACAGCCAGCUGCAACGCCACUAGUUGCCGUGCCCAUGGUUGAGAUCAACAUGAACGAUCCCCAGCUAAGUCAUCUGCGCGACGACUUUAACAAGGACUCCUUUCUGGAUGCCUACAAAUCUCCUUUAAAGGAUGUUCAAACCCAAUCGCCCUGCCGCAAAAAAAUCCGCUUUGUGAGCCCUAAAAAAAUGACCGAGACCCUCUGUCGUAAGCACAGCUCCUUCAAGAAAGCAAGUCCCAAGUCUUACGCAGAUUUUAAUAGUUGUGUGCGCUGUCGUCUCAGAGGAGCGGAUAAGCUAAAAAGCACCGUCACGUAGCCAGUAAAAGUCCGCCAACGAAUUUACAUGCAAUAUGUAUUGAAAGUGUUCUAUGUAUUACUACAGUAGUUUAAUCCUCUUUAUUAUAAGAAUACUACUUUUUUUUGUGCACUAAGCUAAGCCAUUACCAUUUUUAAUUGUCAUCGUCUUCUUGAAAUCGUCAAAUAUGCAUUUCAUAUGCC